AUGGGUCAUACUUCAGACUCGGAACCCACGAAACGGAAGCGUGACGUCGAUGAUGCUGGUGGUCCAGGACGUGCUCAGCAUGCGCCUACAUCUCUCCAAGGCGUUCCCGGCUACAUCCAUUAUCUCUCAAGAUCAAAUGCCUCCCACUUGAGCCUCGUUCAGGGCGAUGCCGACACCUUUGCCGACAUCAUCGGCCUCAUUGGCGAAUAUGAGAAUGUCCUAGAUAGACAUGAAAGCCUUGCAGCAAGUCUUGGAGCCAAACUCACUGGUCCACGACUUUUAAGGGGUAUUGAAAAGUUUUUCGAUGGUCCCAUUAAAACAACACCACUCCAGCCAUUCUCCAACCCCAUAAGCUGGCUUGACGUUGUCAGUUUCGCUAGAUCAAAUCCCAAGGACUUCAACCUCGUUCAGAAGACAGACGGCUCCCGAUGCUGCCAGUUCAUCCUCAAAGGUUCACAGGUUGAGAUUCUGGAAGAUGACUGGCGCUUGGUGUGGUCUGGUGCGUUGGAUCGGUUUCCCCUCGAUCAUCCUCUUGAGGAGGAUGAGACAGCGGAAUUGGCGACAUUGGAUAUUCUAGAGCAAAGAACGUCCAUCCUUUACAAAAAGGCUGACGAAGUAGCGGCAAGAGCACGUAUACUCAACCAUCGCCUUGGUCAACGAAAACAAGACAUUCGCCGGCGUCGUAGCACGCAAGACCCAUCAACAUCGCGAUAUCAGUCCGCGAACAAUACAACAAGUAACGCUUCUCAACGGACAGCCACUAACUUCGGUGCUGGGUAUGAUUUGCAUGCAGAUUUGUUGCAGCAAUUCCUCACAGCUUCAGCGUCACCACCCCCAUCGCGAUCAACAUCAGUUACAGGAAUUCCUAUAACCGCACUAGGCCAGCCAUCACCAUCUCACAGCACAGCUCAGUCUCAAACACAUGGGUCACGAUAUGGCCAUACCGUGGAAACGAUAGUGCAACCUGCAAUAGACAGCCGCGAGGCAGCUUUCCGACCCCUGAUCGCACAAAGAACUGAUCAGCUAGGCAAGGGAGAUGUCAUUACACCACCCUGUGAUCGGUGUCGAAGAUUACGGGUAGAGUGUGUCAAGCACUUGACGGCAUGUUCAGGAUGUACUAAGAAGCAUGCUAAAUGCAGCUGGAAGACAGUCACAGAUGAAGAGUUUCGACAGCUCAAAAGAGAGAUGGGACUGAGGGACGAGAUGGAUGUUGAUGGGCAAUCCGAUACUGGACCGAGCACCGAGACACUGGAUCCCAAGGACGGACUUUCCAAUCGAGUUGGAGAUCGACAAGACACUGCUAAGACACCAGGAGAAAGAACACCAGGGACAUACGGGACAGAUGAAGGGUCAAGGCCGCCCAGUAGGGACAACGGACAUUUACCUAGCACAAUGGAGCCCUCGACCGCAUCGAUGCAUCGCUUCGACCUGAGUGCUGAACGACAUCGACUCCCAUUCGGGAUAAGCCAAACAGCUAGAUCGGACCAUGGCAAUCACUCGGCCGAAACCCCGCAAACCGGGACGAACGCUGCAGGCGUGACAAGUUCGCUGACAAUAGCUUCGAAUAUUAGAAUAGCCCCUUUGGCGUUUUAUGCAUAA